AGCUCUGGCUCAGGCUCAAGCUGAAGUGCUUGAGUUUCCAGAGCUUACGCGCAUGAUCCUCCGUGUGUGGCCGUAAUCAUUUUGCCCGCAUGGCGCAGUCGGAGUUUGCGCGCCCGCUCAUGCCGCCAGGAUCGUUAAACCAUGGCCGAGCGCCGGUGCAAGCGGCCCAGGGCCCCCAGGCACUCUUGCAGGCCUUCUUCGACGACAUCGAAGAUGAGGAGAUGGCCCUCGCCGAGGCCCUUGCGGCCGAGCUGUUCCCAGACGAGGACGAGGACAAGUCGCUGGCUCGGCACCUCAAGAAGCCGCCCGCGGCGGUCGACACCAAGCCCGCCCGCGAGCAGUUCCCGCCGCCGUCGCCGCAGGUCGCGCAGCUGCGUGGAGGCCCGCGGUGUCCGCGCGCGCACCUGGGCGGCCAGGAGGGCGCAGGCGCCUCGCGGCGUCGGGACGGGGGAGCGGAGCCGGCACGGGGAGCCGUGCGCGCUGGCGUCUACAGGGGAAGCGAUUCGGGCUCGGCGUUCGAUGUCGCCGGCGUGCCCGCGGAUGACAGCCAGAUGCUGGACAUGCUGGAGGGCAUGGCGACCGCCGACGCCGUGCUCAAGGUCGCGGGCGAGCAUCUGCCGAGGCUCACGACGGAGAUGGCAGCCGAGGCCCUCUACCUCGCAGCGCGCAGGCUUCCCUCGGCGCAGCACGGGAUCGCCCAGAACCCGCACCUGCCGCCGCUGCUUCUGAAGCUAUCGGCGGGCAUGUCUGAGCUGCAACGCGCGGGGUCCCUCGCGCAGCUUGCAUGGACACUCGGGAAGCUCGACACGCGUGUUCACGCAAAAUCGCCACCACUUCUGCUGCCAGGCAUGGAAGAGUGCAUGCUUCAGGUCUGCGGCAUGCUGCCCGAGCUCAUGGACAAGUGCUCCGCGCAAGAUCUCACGAAUACGCUCUGGGGCGUCGCCCGUCUCUUCCCCGGGGGCGCGAGUGGUACGCAGGGCCACUGGCCGCAGGUCAGCCUCCUGUCUCACGCCAUUGUCAGCUUGUGCGUCCAGAGGGUGGCCGUCCUUCCGGCGCAGAGCACGGCGAUCGUUUUCUGGGCGAUGGCCCGCCUCAAGGCCCACGGGCCCGACGUGGAGGAGUUCGUGAGGCUGGCCCUGGAACAGACCAGCUCGGCGGCGCAGCUGGAGCAUUUCUCGCCCCAGGGGCUUGCGAACGUGCUCUGGGCCCUCGCCAAACUGCGGCUGGCGGACGUCGGCAGGGGUCCGCAGGACGACGGCGUGCGACGGGCGCUCAUCGCCAUGGCCGACGCCUGCGCGGGCCGCCUCCUGGAGUUCGACGAGCAGGAGCUCUCGAUGGUGGCGUGGUCGUGCGCGAAGCUCUACGAGUUCAAGCAGGGAGAGGUGGCUUGCCCAGCCAAGAGGGGCCGCGCGUGGCCGCGGCCUGCGCCGGUGGACCAGAUGCUGCUGAAGCUGGCCUCUGCGGCGACGGAUCGCAUUGCCAGGUUCGAAGACCAGGGCAUUUCCAACAUCGCCUGGGCCCUAGCAACCCUGGAGCUCACCGGAGCGGCACCCGCUCUGGCCCCAGGCCGGGGCUUCAUCGAGGCCGCGAUGUCCCACUGCGCGACGGAGCUGGAGGGCUACUCGGCGCAGGCUAUGGCAAACCUCAUCUGGGCCUGUACGCGCAUGGACUCCUCCCAGCCGUGCCGCACGAGCAGAUCGACUAGGGCGCGCUUCUGCUCUGCCGUGGCCGAGGAGAUGAUGACGCGCAUGACGCGGGACAGGCACAGCGCGCACAUGAACGCGACCUGGCGAGACCUCGCUGGUAUCGCGGUGGCGCUGUCGCACUGUAGGCAGAGAUCCCAGUCCGUGACGAACUUCAUGAGUCAUCUGACCCACAAGGCUGCGAACUGGGUGUCCAGGGGAGACCCGACGUCGCAGGAGGUGCUCAACAUCGCGCAGUCUGCAAUUCGGAUGCGCGUGCCGCCAGAGGACAUGCUGAGCCUGGUUUGCGCCAUCGAGGCCUGCAUCGUGACCCGCGGUCUCCGGCUCAACGACGUGGACAGGCGGCAGUGGUGGGAGGUGCAGCAGUGGUGCCCGCCGAGCAGAAAGGGCCCCAUGUUCGCUGUUCGCUCACGACGAUAACAUGUACUACAGCGCCUGGGGCCAGCACACCGCACAGCACCUGUGGGCUCAGUGGGCAGGUGGCGGCGGCCACUCCAGUUGGUGUGCCAACCAGGCCUGCGCGCCGGGACCCCGAUCAGAAAGUGCGAGCAACUGGUGAGCCUGCCCGCGCGAGAACGGACAUGCGCCUUGUGCCACCCGGCGCCAGAGCGACUCCGAUCGCAAACUUUUUUUUCCCGUUUGACCUGGGGCAUCUUCUUCCUGCCCGCGCAGGCCGCCUUUUGACACCAAGCGGCCCUUUCGUGCAGUCGGACCGCCGCAUAACAAGAGACACCCUCUUGUUCGUCAGGCUGCCUUCAGUUUUUUCGGCCUGCGCUCGGCGUGGAAGGUUGCAGCAAUCUCUAACAGACUGCGGAUGUCAGGUCAUCCUGGGUUUCUUGGGCGUCGGUGUUUUCGGCUUCUGGAUGUCCAAUUGCCCUACGCAAGCGAUCAAGAAUCCGCCUUGGUCAGGGUACCCUGUGUUUCUUCGUUUGAAGCUGAAAUGCGAGAACCCCAACGCUGAACAAAGAAGAUUCGGCGGAUUUCAGGGCUGUGCUUCUUGCGGCGGGUUUCUUUGGAUUAACUUCCAAUUCAGUUGCUUGUCGCAUUCUUACUUGGGCAGAUGUUCGGCCUCGAUCUCUCACGAAGCGGCCACCUGUAAAUAGUCUCUAUCUGCGGGCUCACUCUGCAGAGCGCCUGGCUUCCGAGCGGCCCGUCUCCUCGCGCCGCCCGGGGCCAGUGAACAAGAGUAUCACAGCCACGAGUCUGUGCAGCGAUAACAGUGGGGGGAUGAGGCCUGCUGGAGUCCUUACCCUCCCGACGGAGGCAUUUUCGUUGUAGAAUCUGCGCUAGUCUGUCCACCUCCAAAUGUGGUAAGCACUAUCACCGCAUCGUAGGCUGCGGGGGGGGUCGGAAGCGGGGG